AUGAAUGACGUUAAUGCUUUCAACAUGGAUAAUUCUAAUUAUUCAAGACAAUUAAAAUUUGGUAUGGAUCGCAUAUUAUCGAAUGAAAUUUCCACAAGAAAAAUAGAUAUUCUUAAGCCACUUCCAAUACAACUCCCACCAAUACGUUGUCCUUGCAUCGAAAGUUGCGAGCAAUGCGAAACUGUCAGAACUGUCAGAACUUGCAUUUCAUUUCCGCAUGCCCAUUCGUCAUUAUCUGAGGGUACCACAUCUGCAUCUUAUACUGGGCUAAUGGAGAGUUUAGGAACUUUGUAUCGGCCAGCACCAUUACGCCCCAUACCAAAAGCACUUAUUUCAUCUUCUCCGAUGAUAAACUCUUCAGAAACAAACACACGAAGAAAAAGAUCGUGGUCUAGAGCAGUUUUUAGUUCUCUACAACGAAAAGGUUUGGAAAGAAGAUUCUCUCUACAAAAAUACAUUACAAAACCAGACAGACGACAAUUGGCAGCGACUUUAGGUCUAACCGAUGCACAGGUUAAAGUUUGGUUUCAAAAUCGUCGGAUGAAGUGGCGACAUACAAGAGAGAGUGAAAAUGUUACAUUUGCUGGUCCAGAUUCCACACAAAAAGAUUUUCCGCAAAAAUUAAUUAAAUCUAUUACCAAUGAUAUAACACAAAAAAACGAAGAAGAUAUAGAAAUCGAUUAA